GCUGGCCAUUGAUCGGUUAGGCCUGUCAAUCAUCGAGUGUCCCCGCCCCACAACAGCUAGCAAGUUUCUGCUGCAUCAUCUACAAAUCGGACAUUGCACAGUUUUACACAGCAAAUUUCCUGACUGGACCGCGUCACCAUGGCCUCCUCGUCAGUUGGAGAUAAUCAACUGCAGAGGAUAAUCAGAGAUCUGCAUGAUGCUGUGUUUGAGUUGAGUAAAGAACACAACGAGUGUGGUGAACCUGUAACGGAUGACUGCCCCAACCUGCACAAGUUCUUCUAUAAACUAGAAUACCUGCUGCAGUUCGACCAGAAAGAGAAGACAACCUUUCUUGGUCAGAGGAAAGACUACUGGGAUUACUUCUGCGACUGCCUGGUUAAGAUCAAGGGAGCUAAUGAUGGCAUCCGUUUUGUUAAGUCCAUCGCUGAGUUGAAGACUUCGCUGGGGAGAGGAAGGGCCUUCAUCCGCUAUUCACUCGUUCACCAGCGUCUUGCUGACACUCUGCAGCAGUGUUUUGUAAACCAGAAGGUCACAAGCGACUGGUACUACGCCCGGAGUCCCUUCCUUAAGUCUCACGUCACUGCCGACAUCAUAAAUCAUCUUUAUGAGCUCAACCAGAUCCAGUUCGACGUGGCGCCCAGGGGUUACGACCUCGAUGCAGAUUGGCCAACUUUUGCCAGGCGAACUUUAGGCAGCGCCUCGGCAGCUUUUGUGUGGAGGCCCCCCAGCCGCUGCUCCAGCAUCAACAGUCUCGUAAGCAGCUUCUCACAGGUGCAGGAGUUUGCCCCAAUCUCAGACCUCGGUCACGGCCUCCUUGGGGAGCUGGGGGAGCUGGGGGAACCAUCUCCUUGCAGCAUUGCAGAGAACCUCCGCAUUGAGCUGGACCAGUCCGAGCUGAAACGGCAGGAGCUUCUGGUCCGGGUUCAGGAGUCGGGGAAAGAGGCCGCCGAGCUGAAAGCUGUGGUUGAGGACCUUCGAAGCCAGCUAUUAGCAGCUCAGAAGUCCUCUGGCGACUUUUCAUCUGCAGCAGCCCAAAGUAACCAAGGAACGGAUAAGGAGGAGGAAGCAGAUCGCCCUCAAACCGGCGGUGAAGCAUUAAUCGAACUCAAUGAACUUAGAGACAGACUCACUGCCGCCGAGGAUAAAAAUAUGGAGCUUCUCUCUAAGCUGGACGAGGCUUUUAAAGAAAAGGGACAACAAAACACCAGCUACUGCGACUCGGCCUGGGAGAUCCAACAACUCCUGGAUAAACUCAAGGCCACAGAGGAGGAGAGGAUGGAAGCAAAGAGGGAGGCGGCUGACAGGGCCGGGAGCUCCGAGCGUCUGUCGCAGGAACUAAAGCUCAGGGAGGAAGAGUUGAGGAGCAGCGAGGCCAAGCUGGCCCAGAUCCAAUCGGGAGCCCACGACGAACGCGAGGUGGCGCUCAACAGGUUGGAGGAGCUCCAGAGUGCGGUCGGCCGAAUUCAGGGGGCGCUGAGUUUGAAGGAAAAAGAGACGGGGAACUUGAGAGCCCAGCUUCAGGACCUCCAAGCCUCACUGGAGUGCAGAGAACGACAGGCGGAGGACCUCAGGAAAAGACUGCACGAGGAGAGGGACGAGGUGGAGCAGAGAUGCAGCACCAGCAGCAGCCAAAACGAGAAACUCGAGAGCCAGCUGCUGGACGUGAGGACGGCUCUGAAAAAACGAGAGAAAGAGCUCGCCUUUAGUUCAGAGAAAAUCAAGCACUUUGAAGAGCAGUUGGAGAAGCUAAAUGCUGAGAAAGAAAGUCAGAGCUCUAGAUCCGUUGAUAAUGAGGUGGCUUCCUCCGAGAACCUCGAGGACUACGAAACCCAAUGCAGCAAUCUCAUGGAAACAAAUGCUAAACUGCUCCAAACAGUAAAAACCAGUGAGCUGAGCAUUACAGAGCUGACUGAGGGCAGGGCCGCCUUGUUAGACCAGCUGGCUUCUUUCAGAGCUUCUGAGAAGCACUUGAAGGGCCGAGUUGAGGCUGCAAAGAUGUGUGUGGAAGAUAGGGAGAAGAAGCUUCUGGAUGAGAACCUGCAUUUGGAGGAGACGGCGCAGAAGGUACUCGUCCAGAAGGAAGCAUGUGAUGCUCAGAUGAAGAAGCUAGAGCUUGAAAACAAGGAGCUUCUCCGGGUCCAGUCUUUGUUGAAGAAAAGGUCGGCCACAACUCAACAAGAACUGGACUCCGUUACUGCCAAAGCUGCACAGCUGGACAAGAGCCUUAUUGUGUCCCAAAGGAGCCAAGCAGAGUUACUUGAAAAACUCCAGGACACUGAGACCAAACUGAGAGAGCAGAACGUUGAAUGUGGGCGUCUGCGAGCUCGAGCAGAGGAGCUGGAGAGCAGGACCGGGGAGCUCCACGGUGAAAAGGGAGCUGCGGAGAGCAAUGAAAAAAUGGCCAAGCUUCACGAUGAGCAUGAGAAGUCCUCGCUGGGAACCGAAGAGGCCUCGCUCAGGCUGGUUGUAGCUGAGGCCCAGCUGGAGUUCAACCUGCGGGAGGCGCGUCGGCUCCAGGACGAGGCGGUGGAGCUCCGCGCUCAGCUGCUCGCAGGAACGGAGGAGCGGAUGAAGGUCCAGGCGCUUCAGGAGGUGACGGAGUCCUCCAGAGAGGACCUCCGCGUCUUGGCGGAACAACUCAAAGCCCAGGUGGAGGAGCUGAACCGCCGGCACGUGGAUGAGAUUCUCCGAUCCCGGGAGCGAGAGGACGCUCUCAUCCGGGAGCGUGACGGCGAGGCUCAGGCCAGAGCCGGUCUGGCCGCGGAGGCGGCGGCCUCGAGGGACGAGCUCGACGCACUGAAGUUGCGCCACGAGGCCCUGUGUCUGGAGUGCAGCGAAUCCAGGGAGGCGCUCCACAGAGCCAACACGGAAACGGCGGAGCUCGGCGUGCACGUGUGCAUGCUGACCGCCGAGAGCGAAGAAGCUCGUCUGCGCUGGGAGGGCUUGUCGACGAGGCUGCAGGAGCUGGACGGGGAGGCGGCCCGGGAGGCCGAGAGGCUGAAUGCUUACCUGGAGCAGCUGAGGCAGGAGAACCAGCGGCUCCUCGAUCAGCUGCUCCGUAGCGGCGGCGGGUCGCUGCAGGGAGAGCUCAGCGAGGCCAGAGAGACGAGCAGAGAGGAGAUCCAGGAAAUCCGGUUCCAGAUCAGCAGCCAAGCCUUGAGCCACAGCAGCCAGCUACAGAAUAUAAAUCAGGAGUUACAGGAAGUAAAACUAAAGGCGACGGAGCGGGACAAAGUGUUCGAACUGGAGAAGAGAUUCAAACAGCUUGAGGCUGAGAAUCAGAGGUAUUGCCAACAGAUUGAGGAGAAAAACAUCCAGAUGGCCGAUUCUGAAAAUCUCAUCCAGCAGAAAGAAGACGAAAUAAUCCAUCUGAAAAGGGAUUUAUCAAGGUCUGAGGAGGCUCUAACAGCUGCUCGGCAAACCUGUCAGGAGAUGAGUGAAAAUCUACGGAGAGUCACGAAGGACAAACAGAGCUUCGAUCUGAAGGCGUCCGCUGAACUCGAUGAUCUGUACCGCACCAAAAUCAAUUUAGAAGAGCGACUCGUGGAACUUAUAAGGGAGAAAGACGCACUGUGGCAGAAGUCCGACGCCUUGGAGUUUGAGCAGAAACUGCGGGACGAGGAGACGGAGAGAGACGUCAACUACUGUCUCGGCUGUCACAGUCAGUUCAGCUGGUGGCUCCGCAAGCACAACUGCAGACUGUGUGGGCGCCCCUUCUGCUACUACUGCUGCAGUAACGCCGUGAGCACCCAGCAGGGCGGCCACAGAGAGCGCUGCUGCAGCGACUGCUACAACCAGCACAGCGCAGUAACAGAGCGCCACCCGCAGGAGGAAGUUGCUCACAGCACGCCGGGGACACCCUUCAGUCGGCUGCUGCAGGCUGGGAGAGCUGUGACGAGUGGUUCAGGAGCAGAUGAGGGUGAAAAGCUGAGUGAUGGUGUUUUUGACAUCAUCACGGAGGAGGAGGUGAGCGGGGUCUAUGACAGUGACUCCCUCUCUUUUGCCACCGCCUGCUCCCCCGGACACAGACAGCAGGGGGCGGCAACACUAAGCAACAGUGCCAGCGCUGGAGACCUGACGGCGGAUGAUACCGAGGACCUCAGCGCUGCAGUGCAGGAUGCAGAGAUCUGCCUGCUGAAGUCCGGGGACCUCACGCUCUCCGUCCUCUUCACGGUGGAGGACAUCUCCGGGUUCGGGGACAGCUCUCGGGAGCUCUUCAUCAAGUCCAGCUGUUACAGCACCAUCCCCAUCUCCGUGAGCAGUGCCGGUCCAACGGUCUCCUGGACCUUCACCUCCGAACCGAAGAGAAUCUCCUUCAGUGUGAUCUACAGGGAGAGUGCAGAGACUCCACUGGAGCAGGCCAAGGUCUUGAUCCCGCUGACUCGCUGUAACUCGCACAGGGAGACGAUCCAGGGCGAACUGAAAGUCCGAAACGCCGGAGAAUACACGCUCGUCUUUGACAACUCUUUCUCCAGGUUCAUCUCCAAGAAAGUGCUGUACCAUCUGAGUCUAGACAAACCCGUCGUCUACGACGGGACCGACCUCCUCUGAAGGGGACGGGAAGCAGGAGGAGCAGGUGUGAAACGGACUGUUGAAACACACGGGGGCUUUCAGCUCAUAGUUUCAAGGCAACUGGCUCAGAGUCCACUAAGGUUUACCGACCUCUAUGCAUUGGAAAGAGAAUAGAGAAAAACAGUGUUACACUAUUGUGCGCAUGCACUACCUUUAAAAAAAACUGACAUAGUUUGAAUUUAACACCAAAUUUCUGUCUGAGGUGAUUUUAGGACUGUUGUGUAUUUGAAUGUGAAGAACUUCUUAGCACCUAGAGAUGUAGCCUCGGUUAGCAGCAUCCUCGUAGCAGUGAAGCUGCAUUUUUAUUUAUUUAUUUGCCUCUUCUCAGAAAGCCCGACUACUGUCUUUUGAAAUGGGACUGAUGUGCUCUUUGCACAGUUCCAAAAAUACAUUUUCAGUGGCGAAAUAUUCACGACUCAAACAACCAGAUGUGUUUUUAAUCGAUUUAGGGAAUCUGUAUGUUGAAUAUGUGACAAAUCAUUUGAUUGAUGAAAAUAAUACUUAAUACUUUGUAUGAAUAUAUAAUAAUGUGAAGGAUCAUGUCCUGCUUAUUGAUUGGAACAUCACCCAGAAGGGCUUAAAUCACCUUGAGUGAUUUAGCAGAGAACUAUAAAAGGUUAGGAUCAACCACUAUUGUUUUACAAUAAAAUAUUACAUGGACGGGACGUGAAAAGAUAUACUUUUUUAAAGUUGGAAAAAUGUAAAUCUAAUUUAACUCUAACCAUAAAUGUGUUUGUCUCUUCUUGCUUUAAUGCUUCAUUAGCACAUUAGUUAGUAUUUAACUCUUUAAACAUUCAUAUUGUGCUGUUAUUCAGUCGGUACGAUACCUUCUAGCUUCUGUUGCCUUCUCAGCUCUCGAAAAUGCAGAAUAUUUUUGUUUACGUGUUGCGAUCACGAUGAAGCAGAACAGGAAGAAAGCUGCACUUCAGCCACGUCACUCGGUUCGAAACGGGCUUCUGGUCAGUGCAGAUAUAACAGAUAUAACACACAUUUCCCAGAUUCAACCCUCCAGGGUGAAACAAAAAGCACAUAUCAAAAUAUUUACAUAUGUCUGUCAAGUUUUGACAAACGGCGAAGAUUUUGUAACAAACGUAGUGAAGCUGGAAGCUGAAGUGACAUUUCCUCACGACGUACAUGAAGACUUUGAAUUAUAAAAAGUUUAUUUUAGGAAACAGAAAUAAUUACGAUAAGAAUUAUUUUUUUAUUUCUAGACGGGAGGAGAUGUUUCUUUUUUUAUACCGUUGUUAACUGUUGCUUUGUUGCAGUGUGUCAAAAAUAAAUGUGAAUCUCAGUAUUCAGCCUUCAAAUAAUACAUGUUUAAAAAUCACUUUCAUACUUGUCUUAUAUGGACCUUUUAUUUAAAGGCUCUAAUGUUCAAACAUACCUGUAUUUCUCUAUUGUGUCUUCACUCAUCAUUCGAUGACACCUACUUGAAUACACAGAAGCAUCGCUUUGCUGUUCAACAAUUAACUUCAAAUUUUGAACACGACACUCGGGAGAAAAUUAGGAAAAUGGCAAAUGACUCUAAAACAUAUCUGAGAGAUAAAUUGCCAAAAGUAAUGUGGUUUCAUAUUUGUCUAUUUUAUUGUUGUUGAAGGGGAGUAGAAGGCAUUGCGACGUGACUGCUGUUUAAUGCACUUUUGAAAGGACGUUUUGUCCCUCAUGGAUCCCAUGAGCCUUUGUGCCAGUUGAUGAAUGUAGUUUAUUUCAUUUGUUUGAACCUAAUGAUCGUAGACGUGACUGUAGAUUGACGGAGGGAAGCUUUCACUCUCUGACUCAACCUGCAUAUGAUAGUUGGCAAAUGUUUAACUGAAGUAUAAUUUACACGCUAAAGAAUUACAAUAGAACGGAUUUAAGAUUGUGGAGAAAUAAAUGAGAACUGUGUGAUAACCAA